CUCGCGUCCGUGGUACUAGUUCAGUUGCGGCUGAUACUGGCCGGGGAAAGGACGUGUUGUGCGUGGUGCGUUACGUUCCCGCCCGCCUCCCUCUCUUUACCGAGCCGCGGGAUUACUCUCUUGUGGAUUUACCUGUGUUUCCCCGCCAAAGGUGAGACAGAAGGCCCCCUCAGCGUCCCCUCGACUUCCCCAAUCUCACACAACUGUUCCCCUUCUGAAGCCUCCGUUCUCCUUCAGAAGCUGCUGCUGACCGCCUUCCCUCCGUGCUGAGGAUACGCCCGCACCAGGGCGAGAGAGAGUCCUCACGGGACGGCGCUGGCGUGGAGAAACGCCAUGGCGACGUCCUUCACGAGUCUGCAGCGGGUGGUGGCGACGGUGCUACUGCCGCUGCUAGCCUGCCUCGGCCCCCCCACCUCUAUACAGUUUGCGCUGGGUCUCGAUGGCAUGCUCACCACCAACUUCUCCUGCAUCGGGAAGGUUAUCGGAGGUUACUAUGCUGACCAAUACACGAGCUGCCAAAUGUUUCACGUGUGUACUUUGGACGAAAAAGGUAAAGUAAAUGACUACACUUUCCGCUGUCUGGCCGGCACUGUGUUUGACCAAGAGACGAGAGUGUGUGAGCGAGCCGAAGAAGUGGAUUGUAGCCGCUCUGAAUUCUUCUUCCACUUAAAUAAUGACUUGUAUGGCCCUGGCAUCAUCCCCUCCACUGCAGACUCGGAGGGAGACUCCAGCGCCGCUAAUGUGCAGGUUCUGGAUCCCACUGUCGCCCUCAUGGGACCCACCGCCCCUCCCACAAUCCCCACUGAUACUGAGGAGGCCACCACCUCUCCCCCUCCCCAGCAACCUUCCUCUACCUCUCCUCCACCUGAAACUCAAUCCCAGCCCCAACCUCAGUCCAAUCCUCAACCUCAGAUCAAAACCCAGAUCCGUGCCCAAUCCCAGGCCCGUCCUUCUCCCAAGUCCCAGCCUCAGUUCCAGUCCCAGACCCAAACCCAGACUACCACCUCCUCCCCUCCUGUUACUGACAGUCCAGGGGUCACUGCUUCCACCUCCACGUCUGCCUCCGCCACCUCCGCCUACCCCUUCCCCACUCCGCCCUUCACCGUCAGCAGGACCAUUACUUCUGUCUCCUCCUCUUCCCGCGUCCACAUCCAGACUCCCCUCGCGCAAAUCUCCCUUAAUCAGGGUGUGGAUCAGUCAGUCCUGCCUGCGCCCCACCUGCGGCCCUCGCUGCUCCGCCUGGCAGCCGAGGCCCAGAAUGCAGGUCAGCAGGCAAGGAUCAUCAAGCAGCUCUCCCCCACCACCGAACCCUCAGUCACACCUGCUAACUUCCAAGACGUCCCUAGAAUACCUAGUCCCGACACUCCCCGCAGCAGCGAUGUACCGCCGCGUCACAGACAGAAACGACAGUCGACAGUUCAAAGUCCAACACUUCCUACUACCUUUCCUAGAGACCAUGAAGCUUUGUUUGCUGACUUAACCACUUCCUCCAGACUAUCUAACAGUGACCAGCUACCUCCUUCCUCCAGCCGCAGGGUAUCCUCCAGGGGCCGCUCUAGGUCUAGGCAAACUUCUCGUAGCCAGUCACGCACAGUCACACAGCAGCCAGUGCAGACCCAUACCGCUGUGGGCCAGCAGGGACGGGGAAGAGGGAGGGUUGUUACCUUUGCUGACCGUCAGGCUCAAAGCAGACAAAGAGUAAGACCUGUACAGAGGGUGUCUAUGGCACGUCGGCCUGUGACAGCCAGUCCAGCACGGCCCCCACCUGCCACUGCUACAUUCAGGCACCGGGUGAGGGUUGGAGCUGCAACACCAGUUCAUCCCCAGCCAGUGCUCUUGACAGCCCCUAGGGACAUUCCCCCUUCCCCUGUGGCUCCCUUACCCCCCGUUGACACCCCGAGACAGACCCCAUUCCCCUCAAGUGACCUCCCGCAUGAACCACCCACAGUCCUGACAGCCCAGUUCCCCUCUGACAGCCACAUCACGGUCAUUGACGAGGUUGAGGCAACAGCCCGGACCGACACCUCUGCUCGGACUCCUGACCACAAAAGCAGUAUGGCCACUACCACCACCACCACCACCACUACCACACCACCAUCACCUCCGUUUGUGUUCCCCGAGACCAGUUUCACCUGCAUUGACAAAAUCCACGGGGGUCUUUAUGCUGAUGUUGAGACAGGAUGUAAAGUUUUCCAUAUCUGCUCAGUGGAACCUGACAAAAGUGUGAAGAGCAACAAGUUCACCUGUGGCCCUGGGACACUGUUUGACCAGAAGAGCCGCACGUGUCAGGUGGAGAGCGGCAUUGACUGCGCUGCUUCCCCGACCUUCUACUAUCUCAACGAGCGAGGAAACCUGCCAGUCUUUGUAGAACGUGCACAACCCACUCUUGAUCAGAAAUUCCCUGAACAGCAGUUUGACUUCCCCCGCAUUCCCUCCUCUCCCUCCUCUCCCUCCCUCUCCACCUUACGGGUUCGUCGUAGUGCAGAUGAGAGUGUAGACUUGUGUGCCAGUCGACCACUGGGCAGCCCUCUGGCAGACAUCACCUCAGGCUGCCGCCACUACAGUACCUGUGAGAGGCUUGCAGAUGGGCGGCUGGUGGAGACACGACAUGGCUGCAAGAAGGACAUGCUUUUCUCACAGAGACGGAAAAGGUGUAUGCUGGCAAAGAAGGUUGAGUGUGUGAAGGAGACACUGAGUGAGAUCCUUGGCCUGGGCACUGCCACACCACCCUCUGGGAAUGGCCGCAAGAGGCGUGCUGCUGCCCUCUUGUUGUCCCACAGGUUCCGCCGGGCUGCCCUGCCCUCACUGGUCAACAUGGUUGACUCACCAAAAGUGGAUGAUGCUCAGGUGCGCCGUGCACUCGUCAACCUGGCAGCCCUUCAGCAGUGGUCUUUGGAAAAUGCUCAGCACUCUACAUUCAUUGAGAUGUACUCCCUCCAGAAUGGUAACCUUGAUCCCAAUCCUCCCAAAAAGACCCACACCAACACCUUAUCUGACUCUGAAGCUCCCAAAGGCUACGAGUAUGUCUUGCGCAGAAAGCGAGACCUCAACAACAUUGCCGUGGAGGGCCAAGUGGUGUUUGUCAACCAUACUAUUAGCCAGGUGUCAGGAAGUUUCUCCACUGCCAUGCCAGCCUCUCAGAAGCCUCUUGAGGAUGAGGAGACGUUGCCUGAGGAAGAUGAAACACGUGUCACAUUCACCGGCACUCUUGCUCUCCCCACCAUAGCCACCACCACCAUUGGCCAGCGACUCAGAACAGCUACAGCCAUGGAAGGAGUAAGACAUGAUGAAACACAGUUAACUGGUUCCACCACUUCCACCUCAUCCCCACCAGCCAUCCCUACCACUCUCUCCACUUUAACUGUGUCUGGAAUGCCAACCACAGCAACAGCCACAGUGGUAACUGUUACUGUCACUACAACAAAGACAGUCAUACCCACCGCCAUUAAUUUUGCAUCAGCGGCAGCAGCCUUACAUUCCACAGCAGCUGUUGGUUCUAAUCCAUCUGACCUUGUAUCCAUUCAGGCAAAUGGAGAGGCUGUCCCAGGCAUGAUGGCUACUCCUGUGCUGGAUACUAAUGGAAAUGGCUCACCAGAGAGUGAAGUGUCAGAUGGUCAGUCCAGCAAGGAAGAGGAAGGGGUCACUGAUGCCCCUGCUGCCUUCACUACGCUCUGCAUGAUUGUGCCUCCCCCCAAGUCCAAAGGGAAGAAAGGGAAUUCAUCUCCUGCUUCACACAAUCCACCUAAACAAAAUUCUGUAGGAAAAAUUGCCAAUACAGGAUUUGAUACAGAAGCCAGUGCAUCCUCUCCAAUACCCAGCAUUACUACUGCAACUACCACUACUACUUCUACCACUCCCAAUAGUUCCUCUGCAGCUGCCAGUACUUCCUCUACAGCUCCUGGUGAUGAAUCUGCAGCUUCCAGUACCUCCUCUGCCACCUCUAGUACAUCUACAGCACCCAGCACCACUUCUACAACUUCUAGUACUACUACUACAACUUCUAGUACUACUUCAACAACACCCAGCACCACUACCACAGCCUCCAGCACUUCUUCUACAACCCCCAGUACCACUUCUACAGCCCCUGAUAUUUCAACUACAACCUCCAGCAGCACUUCAUCUACAACCCCCAGUACUACUUCUACAACCCCUGACACUUCAUCUACAACCCCCAGCAGCACAUCAUCUACAACCUCCAGUACCACUUCAUCUACAACUCCCAACUCAUCCUCUGCAAUUCCUGACACUUCAUCUACCACUACCAGUUCUUCAACAACAACCACUAGCACAUCAUCUACAACCCCCAGCACAUCAUCUACAACCCCCAGCUCUUCAUCUACAACCCCCAGUUCAUCUACAACCACUAGUUCAUCUACAACCACCAGUCCUCCUGCUGCUGAGAGUGCAUCAGCUGGUGCCACAUCUACUACAGAGCCUCCACUAGCAGACCUUGAGCAACAGAAUGCAAAUGAAAGGCUUGAAGUAAAUAGUGCACAAAACUCACCUACUGCCUCUGAAUCUGCUAACACCACCACCACCACUACUACCACUACCCCAUCUAGUACAACUUCUACUUCUACUACUACUCCUACUACUACUACUACUACUACUACUGUUACUCCAUCCACUACUAGCACUACCACCACAGAGAGUCAGUCUUCAAGCUCUAGCACAACUCCAUCCACAACUACGACAAAAACUGAAGAAACUUUGGCAGAGAGUGUUCUUGAGCAGUCUGCCUCUCAUCCUAGUGAUAAUGUCACAACCACCACCACCACCACUACCGUCCAGAGUGUUACAGACUUCAUUGUGCCAGAAGGAAGCAUCAAUGUGUCCACAACAGUUGUACCAGAGAAGACAAGUAACUUGACAAACACAUCGUUGCCCUCACCAACAGAGCCAUCCAUCACUCCUCCCAAUGGACUACUUACAAGUGAAACCAUACCCGAGACAAACUUCACCUGUAAAAAUAAACAAUUAGAGAGGUUCUAUCCAGAUCCUGAAGCCAAUUGCCAGUUAUUCCAUUACUGUCUGCCAGGCUUCUCCAAAAAACAUGUACUUGAUCUGAAAUUCCUCUGCACAGGGGCAACCAAAUUUGAUGUUAAUACACAGAAAUGUGAAAAUAUGGAGACGGUAACUUGUGGUGACGAGCAACAUGACCCAGCCCCCGCUCCUGAACCUCAGGUCAAUGAGACAGUGAGUGCUUCACCGAAUGAAACAACUACAACCACCACAACAACAGCAGAACCUACAACAACAACAACAACAACAACAACAGAACCACCAACGACAACAACAACGACUACAACAACAACAGAACCAACAACAACAACGACAACAACAACAACAACAGAAGCACCACCAACAACAACCACAACAGAAGCACCAACAACCACAACAACAACCACUACAGAACCAACAACCACAACAACCACAACAUCAGAACCAACUACCACGACAACAACAGCAGAACCAACAACAACAACCACAACAGAAGCACCACCACCACCAUCAACAACAACAACCACAGCAGCACCACCAGCACCAGAGGCAGAGACUGUAAGCAGCAAGGUGGAUGAGGCUCCGUCCACCACCUUGAAGCCCGAGAAUUCCACUACAGAGCAUGCCACUCUGAAAGUUGAAAGUGCCAUCUCAGAACACACUGCUGUGGAGCUUGAAGAUACCUCUAAGGAACUAACCAAUUGGAAUGCAACAAAGUCUGAGGCUCAUGAAAGUGAAACAAAAGCUGAGGAAGUAUUUGUCAGUGUUACCAAUCAGCUAGAAACAACAGAGGAGGCAACUGUGGAGCCUGUCAUGCCAACUGAGGUUCCUCAAAUUGACCCAGAGGAGGAAAUCACUGAGGAGAAUGAUAUUCCUUCAUCCACAACAUUCAUUCCCUCUGAAGAAUUUGCUACAGAGACAGAGAUUGUAGACACUGAGCUGGUGGCUGAGCAGCAGGAAUAUCCUGGGACUGAAAUGCCCAUAGAAGUUGCCACCACUUUAGAGACAGUCCCUGAGUUGGCAUCAGAAGUGGAGCAUGUUACUGAGCUGGGGCCCCUGAUGCGCUCUAAAGACAGCCACGAGACACACAGCGCAGAGGGAAAACUGACCAAUGAAUCUCCAGUUGAGCUCCAUGUGGAGACGUCACUGUUCUCCACGACUCUGAGUCCUUCCAUCCCAACAGAAGAAAGCUCCACAGACAUGUCAGUGUCCACAGAUGUGUCUGUAGUGAGUAGUGAUUUUGUGUCCAGUGCAACACAAGUGUCUAGUGACGUUUCAGUAUCAAGUAGCGUCCAGCCCAAAGAGGAUGCAUCCUAAGGCCUAUCACUCCUUUGUAUUAGAAGGGUAUUAAUGGCAUGUUAUAAUUCAUGUCCUUAUUAAUUAAUGUACUUUUUGUUUAUUUAUUAUUGAGAAUUACCAGUAUAGGUCUGUGUAAAGAUUCUAAUUAUAUGCUUGUUGAACAUAACAUUCUGUGCCAAAAACUGUUUGCCUGAUUUGGGCUCUAGAAGCAUAGAACAUCCCAUAUGGUGUAGAGUUCCAGCUCUGUGAUACAUUGUUCACUUAGGUCAAGGAAAACGAGUGGGAGAAUCACACUUUUUUUUCUUUUCUUUUUCUUAGAGUACACUUUAUCUCAUUCUUCAUGAAGAAAUAACAUGUUACUGUGUAGUUGCAUAUGUAAUACUCAUACUAUCCUUUGUCAUACUACAUGUCAUUAGUGUUAGCCAGGGCUGCCCCACUCCUCACUGCUCUAGGAAGCUCUUGGAAUCACAGGGAAGUUUGGCCUGACUGUUAAUUGUGGCUCAGGAUGUUGGGGAGGGAGGGAUGGGCUGGGUGGGGGGAGGAAGGGAAUGCCAUACUUGCCUCGGAGCGUUUCAUAGUGAUAACGUAUUUGAGGAGACUAAUAUUGUUGAUAUAUUUUAGGUUAAAUAAAAUAUUGCCUGUUGUGAUAAGCUCAGAGUAUCAUUGACACUAAUAAAGCAGCAACCUUGUGCUUGAUUUCAUGGAGAGAUUCACUUUAUAAAAAUGGGUGGAGUUCAACUGAUGCCCAUUAUAAAUUCACAUGAUUGAUAUAUUAACUAUUUUUCAUAUACUGGGAUAUGUCUGAUAGAUGCCUUCUGACAGAACAAGUGGUGCUGGUGUCAAACAAUGCCAGUCAACACUACAGCAUGCAAUGGGAUCUAUUCAGCAUUGCAUUGAUGAACUGAAAGGCUGACGUGUUACUGUGGCCUAGAGCCAGUGUGUGUGUGUGUGUGUGUGUGUGUGUGUGUGUGUGUGUGUGUGCAUGCACGUAUAUGUGUGUGUGGGCCCUGUGGAGUGAGGCAGCCCAUCGUGCACUGGCGAGUGUACAGCCAUCAUGAAAUAGAUCAUCCUGGUGUAAAUACGGUUUUCAUUUCUUAACUCAUUUUAAUGUUAAUGAGAAAAGGAGCUUUGUAUGAGGAGGGUUUGGUUGGGGAUGAGUCUUGCCCUCCCCCACCUGGACUAACAGACAAAGCAGACACAGCAGCAGUUGUACCGUUCCUUUGUGCAGUAUUUCCAGUAGUUUAGUGGGAGAGGUGGGAGGGAAGAGUGUCUUUUAGAGUGUUCCACAAGAGUGUUUGCCCAGAAACACUGGCCCUGCAGCUGUUGGUACAUAUAUUAAGCAACACUUUCAAACACAGUACUUCUCUGGAGUCACGUGUCGCCUCCAGCCGAGCCAUUUGUGUUUUACAUCCCCAUGUCCAGAACUUUGUGGCAUACUAGUGUGAUGAGUGCAAUUAUAACUUUCUUCCUUAUGUGAUUACCAUGCCAUUGGACUCAGAAUUCUCUACUUGCUUGUGUGCUUCUGUUUAUAUCCUGGAUUGCCUUACUAUUACAUGCUGGGCACCUCAUGUUUACUGUGAUGAAAGGUAGUGAAGUGAGAGUCAAUCAGUGCAGUGGAAUGCUGACAUACACACACUUUAUGUAUUAUUACCUAGUGUGACUCUUGUAUUACUCUAGCAAGAAGUGUUAUCAAUAUUUAUUACUAUAUGAAGUGACAUAGUGUAGAGGUGUAGCAAUAUUCCUCACCUCUGUUGGGCAGAAUGGAAAAUUGAUAUCGUUGUCAUUGUUAUCAAUACUAAUAUUAUUUUUUCAUCAUUGUUAUUAUUAUUAUUAUUAUUAUUAUUAUUAUUAUUAUUAUUAUCAUCAUCAUUAUUACUAUUAUUGUUAUUAUUAUCAUUAUUACUAUACAAUUAUUAUUAUCGUUAUUAUUAUUACUGCUGUUAUUUUUUAAGAUGUAAAGACCUUGCCCACAUAAAAGUACAUCAGUGUUUUAGAUAAAUAUUAAAAUUUAAUACUAUG